GUCUCCUGUGUUUCCAUGCUGAUGUUUGUGUGUACCAUGACAACAGAGGCUAGCGCGGUGGGCGAGGCGGACACAGAGGGCAAGCCGAAGCCCAGUGUAGCAGAGGCAGAGAGAAGACCGGAGACCAAGCAGAGCUCGGAGGCAGAGAUACAACUGGAGAACAAGCAGAGCCCAGAGCCAGAAACAGAGAGAGAACCGGAGAACAAGCAGAGCCCAGAGGCAGCGGAGCCAGAUAGGGAGAAGCCCAGCCAGAAGACCCAGGAGCAGGCCUCACAGCCUGGCUCCACAGAGACCCCCAUCUUCACCACCACCACUGAGGAGGAGCAGCUAGUGAAGCCCCGCCAGCGCACCUCAGCCAGCCGGGGCCUCUCACGCCUCUUCUCCUCCUUCCUCAAGCGGCGCUCGCAGUGCUCAGACGUAGAGUGGGCUGAGGUCGAGAAGGCGGAGAAGGACAGGAAAGAGAAGGCAGAGGCUGGAACAAAGGAGGAAAAGUUAGAGCAGGCCAAGGGGGAGGAGAAGAAAGAGGCAGAGGAAAGGGGGGAGAAGAAAGAGGAGGAAGAAGCAGCAAAGAAAUCAAAGAAGAAAGAGGAGGAAGAAGCAGCAAAGAAAGCAGAGAAGAAGCAGAAGAAAGAAGAGGAAGAAGCAGCAAAGAAAGAGGCAGUGAAGAAGAAGAAAGAAGAGAAAGAGGCAGCAAAGAAAGCAGAGAAGAAGAAGAAAGAGGAAGAAGAGGCAGCAAAGAAAGCAGAGAAGAAGAAGAAAGAGGAGGAAGAAGCAGCAAGGAAAGCGAAGAAGAAAGAGGAGGAAGAGGGGAAGAAGAAAGAGAAAGAAAAUAAAGAGGAGGAGAAGGGGAAGAAGAACGAGGCGAAUAAAGAGGUAAAGAAGAACGAGGAGAAUAAAGAGUUAAAGAAGAAAAAACGGAAGGGCAAAAAGAAAGCAGGGGAGGAGCACAAAGCAGGGGAGCAGUCCACAACAGAGGUGCAGGUGAAAGCCCCCAUCGCAGCCCCGGAGCCAGAGCUCAGAGCAGAGGCGGAGGGGGAGGCUGAACCGGAGAGGCAGGAGGAGCCGGUAGAGGCCCAGGACCAUCACUCCAUCAGCAGUGCAGAGACACAGGUGAGUGAGGGAGACAAUGAACUUCUCACCUAG